AAAAAAGACUUGGCUUAAAGGUCUCGUUACCAGGCCAUAAAAUUAUUAAAAAAAAUAGAGAAACUCUCAUGAGUCAUGAGUGUCAACUCUCAACUGUCAACUACUGUUCGGUUUAAAUUGAGUAGAAAUUUCUAACAACUAUAUAACAAUUAUUGUUUAGUGAAUUUUGGAAUCCUUAUCACUAAUCAUUAGCUGUUUUUUAUCAAUGAGUUUCUAAGAUUUUCAUCACUUACAAAUUUUUCAUUAUAGAGUUGGGUCUAACUUUACCCUAUUAUUAAUAUUAAUUAAAUAUUCCUUCUCACAGAGUGAGCUAAAUAAUAUUCUGAAUCAUAUUAUUAUUGUAAAAAUGGCUUCUGGUGAAAUAGAAAAUUUAGACUAUCAACAGAAACGAUGGCACAAUAUUAGAAAACUGUUAGAGAGGUCAGGUCCAUUUUGUCACCCAGAUUUUGAGCCUUCAGCAGAGAUAUUAGACUUCAUUAUGAACUCAUGUAAAGUGCUUAUAGUCGGUGCUGGUGGUCUAGGGUGUGAAUUACUGAAGGAUUUGGCUUUAAUGGGGUUCAAGAAACUUCAUGUUGUUGAUAUGGAUACCAUAGAAUUAUCAAAUUUAAAUCGGCAGUUUUUGUUUCGUAAAAAUGAUAUUGGAUUAUCUAAGGCUAAGUGUGCAGUGGAAUUUGUGAACAAAAGAAUUCCGGGCUGUGAAGCUGUGGCUCAUCAUUGUCCCAUUCAAGAUUUGGAUGAUGGUUUUUAUCGCCAGUUUCAUAUUGUAGUCUGUGGUCUUGAUUCAAUUGUUGCUCGUCGUUGGUUAAAUGGAAUGCUAAUGUCGUUGCUGCAGUAUAAUGAUGACAGAAGUUUAGAUCAAAGUAGUGUUAUACCACUUGUUGAUGGAGGGACAGAAGGUUUUAAAGGCAAUGCUAGGGUAAUUCUACCUGGUAUGAGUGCAUGUAUAGAGUGCACCCUAGACCUUUACCCACCACAGAAAACAUUUCCUUUAUGUACUAUUGCUAAUACUCCUAGAUUACCUGAACAUUGUGUUGAAUAUGUAAAGGUUCUACAAUGGUGUAAGGAAAAUCCAUGGGGCCCAAAUACAGGGUUAGAUGGUGAUGAUCCGCAACAUGUAGCAUGGGUGCAUGAAAAGGCUCAAGAGAGAGCUAUGAAGUAUGGCAUUGCCAAUGUAACAUACCGACUAACUCAAGGAGUACUGAAGAAUAUCAUUCCAGCUGUUGCUAGUACAAAUGCAGCAAUUGCUGCAGCUUGUGCUACAGAGGUGUUUAAGUUAGCUUCAUCAUGCUGUGCCAAUAUGAAUAACUACAUGGUUCUAAAUAUGUCUGAUGGAGUAUACAGUUAUACAUUUAGUGCAGAAAGAAAGUUGGACUGUGUUGCCUGUAGUAACACAACAAGAGUCUUGGAGAUAGAACGAGAUGCUACAUUACAAGUCAUUUAUGAUAAAUUAUGUGAAGAUAAUGGAUAUUUAAUGAAAAGUCCAGGUAUUACAACAGUGAUAAAUGGACGUAAUAAAACACUAUACAUGGCAUCUAUAAAGAGUAUUGAAGAAAAAACUAAAGACAAUUUAAAGAAAAGGAUCACAGAAUUGGGUCUUUAUAAUGGUGCAGACCUGUUGGUGGCUGAUGUGACAACUCCUAACACAAUAACAAUAAAGCUAAAGUUUUCUGAUAGUUUAGAUGUUGACAUGGCCCGAUAAUUAUAAAUAUCUAUGGUUACUUCAGUGAUAUUAUUAAAUAUCUUAAUAAACACAUUGCUACGUUUUUUGUAAACUUUCCUAAAAUAUAUAAAUAAUACCUUGUUUUAAAAAUAUUAAUGAAAAUAUUAUACACAUAGUAGUAAUACUAAACUAGUACAGUCACAGACCAAGUAGGGAGUUUAUUACAAUUUAUAUGGCAACUUGCAUUAUAAAUUUGACAUUUUAAAAGAAUGACGUAUAGGUACAAGAGCUCUGACGUGGUUUAUGCUGUAAGCUGCUUCAUGUCAAAUAUCUUUCGAAAACUAAUUUUUUAUUAUUUAUAAAACAACCAAUAUCUUAAAUAAGUAAUCCAUAUUAACGCUCAUCAAUCAUACAUAAACAUGUUGGACAGUCUAUUUGACGAUGUGAAACGCAUGAAUAAACGCCAG